ACGGCGGCCAUGGCGGCGGGGCGCGCGGCGCGGCCGCUGCAGCUGACGCUGGCGCUGCUCAAGCCGGACGCGGUGGCGCAUCCGCUGGUGCUGGAGGCCGUGCACGAGACCAUCCUGAGCCACCGCUUCCUCAUCGUGCGCGCCAAGGAGCUGCGCUGCGGCCGGGAGCAGAGCCGCCGCUUCUACCGGGAGCACGCGGGACGGUUCUUCUACCAGCGGCUCGUGGAGUUCAUGGCCAGCGGCCCCAUGUGGGCUUAUAUCUUGGCUCAUGAGAAUGCGAUAUCCCUCUGGAGAUCUCUUAUGGGACCCACCAAAGUAUUUCGAGCCCGAAACUGUGUGCCGGACUCCAUCCGAGGAACCUACGGCCUUACAGACACCAGGAACACCACACACGGCUCAGAUUCACCAGCAUCGGCCAGCAGAGAAAUUGCCUUCUUCUUCCCAGAGUUCAACGAAGAGCUGUGGUACCAGCGAGACGAGCCGUACCUGCGCUGCGGGCAGGUGUAUUACAAUGCAAAGGAGCGUGUCCACUGCGUGUGCAGGGCUCAAGAAACAGAGCUAGCCUGAGUUACCUGGCAGAGGGGCUUGCUGAGCGGGACAUGGCUUCUACCUGCAUUGUUUGGAUCGGCCCUGGGACAAGAUGUGGAGCCGUGACACGUUUUGAGGAUGUGUGAGAAAAAGCUGUAAUGCACAAGGUCUGCAUGCUGACUGACGCGUGCAGCAUGCAGAUGCUGGGGCACUUUAGAAGAACCUUAUCUGUUAGCACCACUGCAGCCUGACAGACACCUGGCAUGCAGUUCACUAGUGUCUAGGGUGCUCAUUCCCGUAUGAGUGGUACAGGUGGCUUCCUCAAAGGCCUACGUGGGGAGGGGGGUGCUAGUUCUAGCUAUAGGCAGCCAAGUCAAGAGACUUUAUGGUAAGAGUAGAUGCUAAUGUCUGUUCAGUUCCCACAGCCUGUUAAGGAGAAAAGAGGGAAAAAGAAAAAGUGUGUCGGUGAGCAGGGCAGUACUAACUCUUCUGCCUUUGCCUGCCUGGAUCCAGUUUGAGAAACAAGGUUGUCUUUAAUCUUAUAUCGUGAUUCAAAUUUCGAGCUUCUGGUAGAAGGUAUUGUUAAAAGCCAUUGUCAAAGGGAAAGCAGAAGGUCUUAUGUUUGGCUAGUCUGGCUGACAGGCCUGCAGGAGCUUUUAGAGACAUUGCAGAAGUCCUAGUGGCAGGUGGUAGAGGGUGAUCCAGUGCCUGAGAAGGGUCAUACACUGUGUACAUUUGGAUUGCCCGGGGCAUGAGACCCAGUGCUUCCUGUGAAAGCUGACAGUGGAUGUUGUGAAUUCAUAUUAAAAGGCCGGAAGCUGAUUGCACAGAGAUUAUAGAAGUUGCAAGAGGAACUCUUUACAUAAAGCCUAGUAGCAAAAUGUCUAAUGGCAGCGCAAAGACUUCUUUGCACGUGACUGACUGGGCAUUGCAGGACUGAUUCUUGGCAAAUUAUACUGACAAAGUGUUGUAAUCCUGCAGAUCACUGAUAAAAUUAUUACGUGCCUUAUGAGAACUUGGUUUUAAGUGACCCCGCAAAAUUCUGCCGUGCUCGUUGUUGUCUUCAUGUUUCCUGCAUUUUGAGAUCUGCUCAUAUGUGAGGUUUUCAGUCUAAUUUAAACUGUACCAUAUUCGUUUCUUACAAUGAUAGUUUUUAAAGAGGGUUUUAUGUUGUACUGAGUAAUGUGCUUUCGAUGAUUUCAAGUUCUUAUUAGUAAAGUAUUGACUAACAAAUCAGUAUUUGUAGCAUAUUUAGAAGAAGUUUGACUGCCUUCUCUGAACUUGUGCUUGAUAGACAUCAAUGAUGCCAGGCACUAAAGCGUUGUUGGCUGAGCCUCAUAUUAACCAAUGCAUUAUUUUACCACUGACCAAAGGUAUUUUAGUCUCAAAUAGUUCCUUUCACAUAAUCGUGUGAAGAUUGGGGAUUUUGAUUGAAAAAAUACUUAAUUGUAGGAACUGCUGCCAUAUAUCCUCCUUUAGUAAAAGUAUUAACGUCUCUGUCCCUUCCUUAUCAUUAUAAAAGAUUAUAUACAACCCUUAUUUUGUACCAGAUACA